GCUCGCCGCUACAAUACCAGGACGCCGAGAACUCAAAUCUACCAGGACGUGUCUACAAACCACAACAAAAGCCCAUCUUGUGCUGGGAGCUUAUACCUAGGUUAUUAGCUAUGCCGCUGACAGCUGCUGCUCCUCCUAACAAGAGGAAGAAGGCCAACAAGAUCAUCACAGACUUGUCCAACAUCAGCCAGAAUGACGAGGAGUCGGACACGGAGUCCUCGGAGUUGGACCUGGGCACCAAGAUCAAGACCCCCAAAGAUGUGAUGCUGGAGGAGCUCUCCCUGCUGUCCAACAGAGGCUCCAAGAUGUUCAGGAUGAGGCAGCAGCGCGUGGACAAGUUCAUCGUGACCAACGAGAACAUGCAGAACCUGGAGAACCUGCUCAUGUGCCCGCCGCCUGUGCCACCCAAGCCCGAGAUGCCAAAGGAAGAAGGUCGGACACAGUUUGACUCCUUCCUGGUGGAGGUGGUGGAGGAGGAGGAGGAGGAGGCGUUGAACCCGCAGGCCGAGAAGCAGAAGAGGAGGAGGGAGUACGUGCGCACCUACGUGUCGCCAUGGGAACGGGCCAUGAGGGGCAACGAGGAGCUGACGGCCACCAUGAGAGCCCACAUGCCGGGACCCGUCCGGGGUUUUGCGGACCUUCAGCAGUACAAGAGCUUCAACAGGACGGCGCUUCCCUUUGGCGGCGUGGAGAAGAGCCCCAAGAUGCCCUUCCUGCUCCCCGACAUCAACAUGGCGGCCGAGGAGGCCGAACCCGAGUUACUGACCUCCAUGCAGGCAGACGUCCGCUCACGACCCUCCUUCAACCGCACACCCAUAGGCUGGGUGUGCAGCGACGACAACACCCACAUCCACUUGGAACUGGACAUCCCCUUUGACGGGGAGACUGACGACCUUUGAGCACACUCAUACGAAGUAGUACACUCGUACU